CCGGCCUCGGCGAGUGUGCGGUGAUUUGCAUCUACAUCUAUAAAGACUCGCAAAAACAACCACUUCUACUCUGCCCAUCUAUACAUCAACAGUACCCAAGAUGUCUGCUCAAUCUCCAUACGUGGCCCGCUGGGGCAUUCUCGGCUGUGGCUGGAUCUCUUCCAUGUUCACAAAGGAUAUCUCACGCCCCAUGUCUACCCGUAACGUCACCGAUGUCUCCCACGCCAUCGCUGCCGUCGGAUCUCGCUCCCUCAAAAAGGCCGAAGACUUUAUCGCCGAGCACACUCCCAAUGGUGCGGCGGCCCAGCAAGAUGGCCUCGUGGACUUUAAGCCCAAGGCUUAUGGGUCUUAUCAAGGAGUGGUAGAUGAUCCUGUGAGUAGAAGUAAAGAGUCACAGACGAAGAGAGCUGAGCAAGCCAGAAUGUCGACAUUGUGUACGUUGGAACCAUGAACAUCUGUCACUAUGAAGACGCCAAGAUGGUAUUGGAAGCUGGCAAACAUUGUCUGUUGGAAAAACCAGCUACUCUCAAUGCUCAUGAAUGGAACCAUCUCGUCCAGAUCGCCAAGGCCAAAAAGGUCUUCUUGAUGGAAGCCGUCUGGACCAGGUUCAACCCCGUGCUCCUCGCUGUCCAAAAGGCAAUCCACAAAGACAAUGCUAUCGGAGAGAUUCGAUGCCUCUACUCUGACCACUCUAUGGAUGCUUAUAAGAAGCGACCUGAUACCGACCGUGUGUUGGCAGCAGAGCUUGCUGGUGGCCCUUUGCUGGACGUUGGGCCCUACCCCCUGGUCUGGACCAUGAUGAUCCUCUACCGCCAUCCCGAUAACGCUCGCACCCCUCCCGAGAAGGUCGGCAGCACAAUGAUGCUCCACAAGACCGGCGUCGACAUUGCCACCAGCUUCACCCUCACCUUCCCCAAGAUCACCUCCAUCGCCUACUGCACCACCAAUCUCCUCUCCCCAGUUCAAAAGGAGCGCAACACCCGUAUCGUCGGCUCCACCGGCGAGAUCAUCGUGCAAGGCCAUACCUCCCGCCCGCAGUCGUUCACCAUCCGCCGCCUUGUUAAUCCGGAGGAAGAAGGGGGCAAGUGGCAGGAGGAUGAACAGGUGGAUAUGAGCUUUGAUGGGUUUGGGCUUUAUUGGGAGGCGGAUGAGGUGGCGAGGUGUUUGAGCAAGGGGUUGCUGGAGUGCCCGAGCUUGCCCCAUGCGGAGACGAGUUUGACUAUGAGUAUCUUUGACAAGGUCAGGGCUGAGGGAGGAUACGAGUAUCUUCCUGGACUGGAGAAAGUCAAGGCCUAGACCUUUCGCGUCGUGUCUCUGUGCCACUAGCAAAUCUGAUCCAACUUGUACAUGUUAUAACAAGAAUGUAUAAAUCAAAG